GAAAGGCAACAGUUGACGCACAAAGAUCGCUUGUGUGACUUCGGUGUUUGGUUUUCAACCUCGUUAAAAUAUUUUCUUGGACUUCGGUCACUGCAUUACGGCUGCUCUGAUUGUAAUGUAACUACAGACAGCCCGCAGCAUGGACGGAGAAGUCUCCGAGUUAUCCGGCCCCUCUCUUCCCCUCUCCGCUCUGCGGCUCUUGAUAUCACCGAUUCGGCUGGUCUCUGCAGCGAUCUGGCAGACUGUGGAGCAGAAGGUUGUGUCAGACUAUGGGUUGCUUGAGGAGUUUGUGUUUAUGGUCACUGAGAUCGUUCCUCAGCUUCUCUCUACGAGGCAGCGUGCUGAACUUGUUUUGGGACUCAGAGCACGACUGAUCCUGGAGCUGUGUCGUUCCGAUGACACUGCUGACCUCCAGGUUAUUCAGCCACACCUCGACCGGCUGCAGAAGCUCAGGUCAUUGUGGAGCGUGGAGAAUGCAGAACAGGCGUCUGACUCUCAUUUCAUGGGCCUCAUCCAAGAUCUGCUCAGAGAUCCAGAAGAGCGAAGAAAUUUCUUUAUGGAUGUUUUCCCAGGAGACUUUGGUCCCACAUAUGACAAAGCAAUCCAGACACUGAUGUGGUUGUUUUUGUCAAGACUGGAAAAGCUUCUACCCACCAAAACUCUCCAGCAGAUUGCCUCACUGCUCAGCGACACCACAUCUGUUCUGAAUGAAUGCAUGGAGGCUUUCUCUCAGCCUCAGGAGCUCAAAGUCUUGCUCGACAAUCAAAAAGAUAUCAGCCAAUUAGAAGACAUUGAGUCUUACAUCGUUGACAGCGGCAUCUUGUCGGCUCUGUGUCUCCCUCCAGUGGAAAGAGUCGUGAUUGUCAACGAGCAAACAGAAACGGAUGCAGAGAGCAGUCUCGUGUACACUGUCUGCACAGAGAUGGAGGUGGAAUCUGAGAACAAAGAGGUGUACGUGGAGGGAACUGGGAACUCUGAAGAGUGUGUGCAGACUGGGUGGUUUGGCCUUAGUGGUGAGGUGAAGGCAGAAAUGGACACAGUGGUGGUCACGGAUACUGUGGAAGGCACUGAGGCCAGUGAGAGUGAAAUGGCAGAGGACCGCAGUGACAACCAAUCAGGAACACUGAUCAUCGGGGAGGACGGCCAGGUGACGGUGCUGGAUGGCGUGCAGAAAAAGUCAAAUAGACGUGGGAGAAAAAAGAAACGUCCUAUAGAUGAAGACUUUGAAGUGGAAAUUGGCGUGAAGGACAAAAAAGAAGACCCAGAAAGUGACGCACUGCUGGAAAGGUCAGUGCGUAAGAACAGAGGCCUCAAGAUGAAACGGUACUUGUCGCAGUGGAGGAAAUCUGGCAAGACACAGGGCUCCAAUACCACCAGCAGUGGACCCAGGAAGUUUGGCAGGUCCCAAGGGUCAGCCAAAAGCAACGACUUGGAUGAGAGAACCUGUAAGGUCUGCAGCAAGGUGGUGAGCCAUGCCAAGUUCUUACAGAGACACAUGAAUCAGCACUCAGAGGAGCUGCCCAUCACGUGUCCUUCAUGCAAAAAGCUUUAUAAGAGCUUGCGUUCAUUGCAGCAGCACAGAUGUAUAAGUGUGACAAAAGCAAAGGCUGGCAAGAAAGCCAAGGAGCAAGACACCACAGCAGAUGAAGGUGAACAGUCAUCAAGUGGGAUUCCUUGUGAUGACAUAAAUGAAGAGCAGCCAAUGGACAACACCACCCAGGAUCCCGAUUACUCCCCCCCUGCAGAGAGGUCUUCCAAAGACUCAGGACAGAAAAGCCCUGAAGGAAACAAGAGCGUGUUAGAAGGCCCGUUCUACUGCCCUCACUGCAGUGUUGAGUUCAAGUGCAAACAAACAUUUAGGUUCCAUUUAAGAAACAUUUGCUACAAUGAGCAGCAGGUGGACCCUGAGAGGCCUGAUGAUGUUAAGCAUUGUUUCAGGUGUGACGAAUGCGACAAGGCGUUUAGGUACAAAUCAACUUUGGAUUCCCACAAACAGACUCACAACCCGCUGUACUGCGAGGUGUGUAUGAAACUGGUGCGUGACUCAGAAGCGUUGGCCAUGCACAGAGAGUCCCACACACCUUUUCAGUGUAACCGCUGUGAGGAGAACUUCCCAGUGUUCAAGGCCCUUCAUAAGCACUACAUCGACGUCCACAACCCCACCGAGCCGUUCACCUGCUCGCACUGUCAGACCGUGUUUGCCAGUUUGAAGCGUUUCAUUAGACACGAGUGGAAGCACACGGGUUACCAACCGUUUCAGUGCCCCCACUGUAGUAAAAGAUUCCGCUCCUACUCCGACCUCGUGGAGCACCAGAAAAAGCACACUAAAGCGUACCCGUUCCUGUGCUGGGAGUGCGGCAAGAAAUUCCGGCACGGCAUCACGCUAACGAGGCACGUGGAACGUGUGCAUCACUCCGGCGAACCCGUGACUGAAAAACCCACGCCGACCUUCGCUUGCCCUCAGUGCGGGAAGACGUUCACUUCAAGAAGGUGCCUCCUGAAACACGACAAUUUCCAUCACAAAGGGCUCCGCUUCCCGUGCGAGCAUUGCGGGAAGGGGUUCUUUGGCAAGGACGCGUUGGUGAGGCACACAUUGAUACACACGGGCGAAAGGCCUUUCAAAUGCGACGACUGCGAGAAGUCGUUCAGAUCUGCGGCAGAAUUAAAGAUACACAGGAGGUACCACACUGGAGAGAGGCCAUUCAAGUGCAACAUCUGUGAGAAGGGUUUUGUCCAGUCCUGCUUUCUUACCUUACACAUGCGAACCCACACUGGUGAGAGGCCAUAUGUUUGCACAGUGUGUAGCAAAGGGUUUUCAAGCCUGCAUGGCUUAAAACGACAUAGGAGACUUGUUCAUGCAUAGAUUAUCUUAACAUCACGCAUUUCUAAAAGGAUGGUCAGAUUAACCAGCCCGUGCUGAAGGACACUGGUGUUGGCUGUAGACCGGAGUUGAUGGAUUAACCUCUCAGUAAAGGAUGUUUCAGCUGAAUAGAUGCUCACAAAGAGAUGGACUAAGUUUUCCAUUUGAAGGAGAUUUUCUGUAAAAUAUCAGCCUUAUUGCUGUUUCUAUGGCUGACACAGCAUUGGAUUGUUAGAAUGUGUGUAAUUUCAUUGUGCAUUAAAAUGUAACUUUGUAUUUUUUACAGAAACAUUUGUUGUAGUUCUACAUAAGAUUUGUAUGUAUAAAUGGGAUAAACCUUAAAGGACUCGUACCCUUUCCAAGAAGAGUUUUCUUUUUGCCUCUCGCUGGUUCUGUUCCGAAAGCUUCGGCAGCUGCAGCUUUAAGUGGAACUGGAAAUGCAGCUGCCUGCACCUUUCAGGCCAGGAAAACACAAACUCAGUUUCUGCUCGUUAGCUUAACAUUUUUUCACUUUCUAAUAUUGUGCUAUAGCUAUUUUUCCCAUAUUGCUGUGGCCUGUGUGUGUAACUGAAGCUGAUAUUAUGAUUAGCGACUCACCAUGCUAACAGGAUUUUUGUAGGGGUGACAUUGCCAACAGAAAAUAAAAGUAAGCCAGUGGGUGUUUAGGCAUCACACAAAGUUUAGCUGGAUUAUUUGGAGGCUGCAUAUUCAGUACUUGUCACACAACCUUUUGAGUAUUUUUUUUUUUUUUACCUUGUUUUUUAUCUUUUGCUUUACAGCUGCGUGACUUUGGUGUUUUAAUCAGAAAGUAUGCAUUAAAACACCAAAGUCACACAAACUAAUCAUUGGCGGCUGCAGCAGAUCAAUAACUCGUGUUCUUUGAGGUAAAAUGACUGUUUUUGUCAACGAGACCAAGAAUAUUUUAUGUUCUUCCUCAGCAUGAGCUGUCCAAAAGCAAAUAAAGGAAGUGCAGCCUUUAUGUAGCCUUUAUUACAAAUUGGUAUAAUUUAUUUGCUGUGUUGGAUUUCAUGUUGAUAGUCUGGUUGGGUAUGUCCUACAACCUAAUGCUGGAAAACUAAGCCUUGAUGACGGCUGUGAGACUGCUGCAGUCAACAGAGCAUUUGGCUUACUUUGCUAGUAAUUACAAUGUAGACUUGGCAGCAUGCUGUCCUUUCACCUUUACACUCAUUUUGAAACAAACUAUCAACAAGGGGGAAGUAUUAAUCAGUUAUUCUUUGGCUCCUGGAGAAAAUGUCAGUAUCUUGUAAAGCUUGCUGUGGGAUUGCUAAAGAAAUGGCAAUAGUUACAUUUUCACAGCUUUGAUUUUUACACCAUUAUUAUUAAAAUGUCACCACUCAAAGUGGAUUUCAAGAAUAUGGGACCUUUGACUGUUUUUCUUGAAUAAAAUGAACAUUUGAU